CGGUGCAUGUCAUGCCAAAACAUUGGCACGUUGAGGGUUGAUGAGAAGUCGUAUGUUAAUAGGGUCGUGUAUCAAACAAAGAAGCGGGUCUGUGUCGAAGUCGAGAGGCCGGAGUUUAAUGGUGAUGGACUCGGACCGCCGCAUGAGGGGAGGAUAUGUGAGGGGUGUAAGAGGGGGUAUUGUGAGCGUCGCUGA